CGCGCGCGGAGCCCGAGCCGAGCCGAGCCGAGCGGCGGCCAACGUCCGAGGCAGAGGUUGGAAAUGGGAUUGGUGUCAGAUCUGAGGAGCUUGGAGCAAAGAGAGAUGCCCGGACGUUACCGCUGAUGUACCACGUGAUUGAGUGUUCACCAAUGUCAUCUGUACAAUCAGCAACUCCAUCUCCCCAGCCUGCUGCUCCUGUCAUUGCUGCGCCUUCAUCCCCAGAGGUUAUGAACCCCAGCAAGCCCGGCCGCAUGACAAACCAGCUCCAAUACAUGCAGAAAGGGGUGGUGAAGACCCUGUGGAAACACCAGUUCGCCUGGCCCUUCCAUCAUCCCGUUGAUGCUGUUAAGCUCAACUUGCCAGACUACCAUAAAAUCAUCAAGCAGCCGAUGGACAUGGGAACCAUCAGGAAAAGACUGAAGAACCACUAUUACUGGAGUGCAAACGAAUGCAUGCAGGACUUCAACACCAUGUUCACCAACUGCUACAUCUACAACAAGCCCGGUGAUGACAUUGUGUUGAUGGCCCAGGCACUGGAGAAGAUUUUCCUGCAGAAAGUGGCUCAGAUGCCUCAGGAUGAAGUGGAACUGGUGCCGUCAGCGCCCAAGGGCAAAGGGCGAAAGCCUGCAGGAAUGCAGCAAGUUGCAGCCAUAUCUUCAGCGACGCAGCCUGUCACGUUCCGGAGCUCUGUGCCCGAUGCACCACAGCCGACCAUCAUCACUUCUACACCUGCGCCGACCAUCACUCCUACCCAUAUCGCCUCGCUCCCUCCCAAGGCAUCAAAUCUGUUGAUGCCAGUCAUCCCAUCUCCGGCACAGCGCAUCACCAAGAAAAAAGGCGUGAAACGGAAAGCUGACACGACGACACCGAGCACCUCGGCAAUCACGGCUGCGGGCAGUGACGAGUCCCCCCCACCGUCCGAGUGCAGGUCAGCCAAGAUCCUCUCGCGACGAGAGAGUGGACGGCCAAUAAAAGCGCCCAGGAAGGACCUGGAGGAUGUGGAGCCUCAGCACCUCUCGGGGAAGAAGAGCAAACUGAGCGAGCACCUGAGGCACUGUGAUGUCAUCCUGAAGGAAAUGCUCAGCAAGAAGCAUGCAGCCUACGCCUGGCCCUUUUACAAGCCCGUGGACGCAGAUGCCCUGGAACUGCAUGACUAUCAUGAAAUCAUCAAACAUCCGAUGGACCUCAGCACCGUGAAAAAGAAGAUGGAUGUCCGGGAGUACCCGGACGCACAGGGCUUUGCUGCCGAUAUCCGUUUAAUGUUUUCCAACUGCUACAAAUACAACCCUCCUGAUCACGAGGUGGUGGCCAUGGCCAGGAAGCUGCAGGAUGUCUUUGAGAUGAAGUUUGCUAAGAUACCUGACGAUCUGGUGGAGGUGCCUGCUCCUCUUCCACCACCAUCUCCCGCCAUCCCCAAAAAACCCUCCUCCUCGAGCAACACCAGUCGGGAAAGUUCGUCCAAUUCCAACAGCUCUGACUCGGAAGAAGAGCGAGCGAAUAGGCUGGCGGAAUUGCAGGAGCAGGUGGGUCGCGGAAACCCCUCGAUUCCAAGGAGAAUGCUAAAGGCCGUCCACGAACAGUUGGCGGCCCUGUCGCAGGCGCCCGUCAGCAAACCCAAGAGGAAGAAGGAGAAAGAGAAGAAGGAGAAGAAAAAGAAGGAGAAAGAGAAACAAAAGGUCAAAGGGGAGGAGGAGAAGGUCAAGCCUUCCUCGGCCGGGCUCAAAUCUCCCCAAUUAAAGCGGCAAAAUAGCAAGAAAUCCAACAGCAGCAGCGGGUCCAGACCGCUGAAGAAAGGCAAGGCUCCUGCGGCAGUGGCAGUCUAUGAGUCGGGGGAGGAGGAAGAGGAGGAGGAGGAAGAGGAGGAUGCUCUGCCGAUGUCCUACGACGAGAAGCGGCAGCUGAGCCUGGACAUAAACAAGCUGCCGGGUGAGAAGCUGGGCCGCGUGGUGCACAUCAUUCAGUCCCGUGAACCCUCGCUCCGAGACUCCAACCCCGACGAGAUUGAGAUAGACUUUGAGACCCUGAAGCCGAGCACCCUGAGAGAGCUUGAGCGAUAUGUCAAGUCCUGCCUGCAGAAGAAGCAGCGCAAGCCGUACUCUGCACCAUCAAAGAAAAGUGUCGGAAAAACGAAGGAGGAGAUGGCGCUGGAAAAGAAGAAGGAACUGGAGAAGAGACUGCAGGAUAUGAGUGGGCAACUCAACCACAGCAAGAAACCCAGCAAGAAAGCGGAAAAGACAGAUGCAGGCCCAUCACGACUGAGUGCUUCCAGCAGCUCCUCCUCGGACUCAGGAAGCAGCACUUCCAGCGAGUCCAGCACGUCCGACACCAGCGACUCCGAAUAGGUGCAGAGCAGCCCUGUACACAUGUACUGCGAGGUGAUGAGCUCAGGUCUGCGUGGCCUAUAGCUUGCUCCCAGGAUCUUACAGCCUAACCACGGACCAAACCGGAGACCCAGGCCGGCUGCACGUUCCAUAUUGAUCACCUGUCACACGACCCACGUGUUUGUGUGUAAAUACCUAAUUUAUUGACAUCCCGGGUAAUGAGGAGCACGGGGCGUUCUGACGUGGGCGGCAGCGAUCAGAGCAGUCAACUCCUGCACAGUGCGUAGUGGCACUCAUGGGACCACGCCGGUCUCUGUGGCUCCCUAUUUAUUACUUAGGAACAUUGUACUUUACGAUGGGUCAUGGGGAGGGAGGGAUGGAGGGUGGCAAAUGGG